GACGAUAGGGGAGUAUUUGUGCAUGCCCACAUAAUCCCACACAAAUGGAGACUGCAGCUCCACGACUGGCGGGAGUCGACAAUCGUCUGCCAGCGCGCGUUUACCGCGUGCAGUGCUCAGUUCUCUCUUGACGUUCCUGAACGGGGUUUGUUAUACUGUUCAAAUACCCGUGGUCGUGUAUGGGUCUGUGUGUGUGUGUGUUCUGUUGGUCAGCAGUGAGUGAAUGUAUCUGUGUGUUUGCACACAGGCAAAAGUGAACUCAUUGCACUAGUUCAACGUUCAGUUGCAGCUGUAAGGCCAUUCGAGUUUAUACGACACAUCUGUCCGCCCUCAACAUCCAUGGCUCUGACAACGUUUUUCCCUUUUGGAAAUUUUCAGUGACAUCAACGUAUAACUGCAUUGGGAAGCCAGCAAACAGAAUUUCCCUUUCUUCUGUUUCUUUCUCCCCAAGAAAAGGGCGUGGACGAGGCUAAACAAUGUUGCGCAGUUGAUGCCAUCAGCGCUUUGCAUCGCAGCGAGGAAGGGAGCACGCACGAAUCGAGUUUGUUGUUAUUCUAUUGCGCUCUUCGUACCAGUCGAGGAUGGAGAUUCAUCGACAACCCAGAGAGAGUAAACGGAAACGUUUCAAACCGUGGGAGAAUCUACGGCGCAUGUUCCAGCGCAAGAAUUCCACAGCCAGCGAUCAUCAGCCGGUGUCGAAAGGUCAAAGUUCCAGCACUUCCAGACUGAGCGGCGUCUUCGGCUUGGCCGGCUCUUCUCGAAGUCGGUCCACCAGCGAGCUGCUAACGACCGAACCGCAACCCAUUCCCGCAAGUGGCCACAAUUGCACGGCAACGAAGAACCGAACGGCAUCGGUGGCCGGGUCCCUAGGCGCCGGUUUGAGCGUUUCACAUGACUCCGUCUUUGGGCUGGACAUUUCCCCGGAAUCCGAUGCUUAUUUUACCCAGCACCGGAAUCAAGCGGCUGCCGAAAGUCUUCCGUCAUCCGCCUCACUUCAAUACAUGAGCGAGCUGAGAGCAGCCAUUGGUGGAAGACAUCGUUCAGCUGAAGAUGAUGAAGGUCUACCUCGUUCGCCCGUCAAUGCAACGCCCACGACGGCCCGGGUCCUUGUCGACUAUUCGAUUCACAACAACACGGCGCACAGCGGUGGUGGAAGUGACCCGUCGUUGCUCAGCAUCAACAGUUGCGAGCUGGACGAGACGCCAUUUGUCAGUAUACGCAAUCAGCAACAACAACAGGCACAGCCUCAGCAACAGUCGGGCAAAGUAUUUCAGAGGGCCGGCAGCAACAACACCACAGAAAACAUUACGGAAGGUCGGGCGGAUGGCGGAGACGACGGAUUACUAGGAAUGGCGACUGCAUUAAACCAUAGCGCCGCAAGACAUAAAAUAUCCAUCAGACCUAAAAGAAAUCACGCACCUGCUAGACCUCGUCAGUUGCCACAGUUGGCGGAAGGUCCGAUCGAAGACGAUUUGGCAUGGACGAGUCAUCCUUCAGGGGACGCGGUUCAGCCACAUCCAUCGGUGCCCGAGCGCAAGAGUCGCAUUGGCAGACUAUUGAGAUCGGAACCUGUUUCCGGAUCGUCCUACAAGCAGCGCUCCAUUUCCCUAUCGCGAACGGAAGACAGUGCCAUUCGAGAGGCUCCGGUUUUGCCAGCGUCCGCUGUUAGCGGCGGCGGCGGCCAUGUCGAUCCCAACAGCAGCAGCAGCAGCCCGAAGCCAUCGGCUGGAUCUUCGUCGGUCAAACUUGCCCGGAGCAAGUCUAGCGUCGAGAAGAAGAUCCAGCACGAAGUGGCCGUCUUUUGGCGCCGCACCAAAGAGGGCAAACUCUUCCACAAGAGAGACAACUCUGAGAAAGAAGCGCCAGCCAAUGCUGAUCAGGUGGAAUCGAAAGGGCUGCAGCAACAAGCGGAACCGGCCGAAGUGAAGCGCAAAGAUUUGCGCAAAAUCAAACGUGACAAGGAGGAGAAGAGGAAGAGGAGCGACGUCAGUGCCAAUAAAGAGGACUCAUCCCCGCCGUUCCUGUCCAGGAUUUUCGGCUCGCGGAGGAGCAGCCGCCGCUUGCGUAAAAAGAAUCCGCCUUCGCCCGUGCCGUCCCACAUACCCGAAAGCCGCACUCCUUCGCCAGCGGCCGUCCCGUCCGAAGCGCUUCCCGUUCCCAAGCCGAGAACCGUAUUUCGCAACCAUGACGAUGAAGAAGAAAUGGAGAUUGAUUGGACCGUCCCUAAUCAGCCUUACAGCUACGCUCCGCCUUCGAGCCGGUCCGUCCCAGCCACGCAAUCGAACCGUUUGCUUGAAAAAUGGGCGGACGCUGAUUUUCACGUGCGAGCCCCCGUGGCAUCGCCCAAAGCCAGCAGGACGGAAGACGGUCUGAAAAUGUCCCCUACUCCAGCCCGACAUCAUCGCAUCCACAUUGCCGGAUUGUCGCCUUAUCAACGUCGUGUGGCCCGCAUUGGCAACGGCCUCGAAAUAUCGGAUGAUGAAUGGGACAAGCAGGAACCGACCAUCUCGCCCACUCGUUCCUAUCAUUUCCGGGCCGAUGAGAAAGACUCUGAACGCAAGUCUGGCCUGUCUCUCAAUUUAGAGAACUCGAUGAAGAGCCUUCCGGUGAACAUCAAUCAAGAGUUCACGUUGAAGAAGGCCUCGCCCGUUCUAAAGCCGCCGUCGGACACGGUGGCCGGCGAGAAUCUGCGCCGAUCGUUUGAAAUUCUCAAGUUUUCCAACGAAGGUUUGAAGAAGACGAUCCACAGUUUCAAUCCGAAGCGCAUCAGCCAAUCGUCUGACCAGCUUCAUUUGUCUGACGGCAGCGGCCAGCGCGAAUCGUCCGGAAGCCUUUCGAAUUCGACGAGCAGUUUGAACAUCUCGGACGGGGACGAUGCGGCCGACACGAAUGGAUCCAUGAACAGCGUCUCCGUUCAAUCGACGGAAGAGAAAGACGUGCGGGACGAUGUUCUCAUCGUCGACGAUCACAAGGAGACGAUUCAACAUCAUCCGGACUGGGCGGAUUACAAAGCCGAUGCGGAGGAGCAACAAAACGCGUUGUCUGCGGAUUGUGUACCUAUUAAUAAUACGACCACAGCUGAUUCCCCGUCUAGUCAUCCAGGCAAUGUUUUGGAAUCAGUGCGCAACGAGGAGCCGAUUCCAACGAGCCCAGUCAUCCAUCCGUGCGGAUCGAACGCGUUGCAAGAGGCCGAGAUCCGCGUGAAGGCGCCAUCGCCCGAUGAGUCGGCUAAGCCACCCAAACACAAGUCGUGGGAGAAUCGUCAGCUGGCGGCUGCGGCCGACACGCCCGCCAUGUUCUCCAUGUCUGUGCGAGUUCAAAAUCCGCCGGAUGCGAAAUACAAGCGCAGUAUGAGCACCCCGAAUAGCGAGGCUUCUCUAUCCGCCAACCAGAGCUUCGCUCCCGAAAUGCCGGCCGUUCGGAAACUGUCCGAAACGUUUCAAGCGCCGAGACCUUUCAUCAUGUCCGUGCGGAUGGGUGGCGUCGAUGGCGAAGGAAUUCCGGCGUCUCUCCCGCCGCAACAGCUGAUGGCUAAAUUAUCUGCCCGUCCGUGGCAAACGAAAGAGGAGAAGGAUCGCCAGAACAAAGUGGCGCUGGUCAGAAGUCAGCACGUCGAACCGGAGCCGCCGCCGGAUGCCGUCAAACCGGAAGAAACAGAAAGCGCGGCGCCCGUCGAACCGGUCAAAUUGCGGCCGAAGACGCCCGCCAAGGAAGAGACGUCUGAAUUGUUGAAAGUCUUCGCUCGACGGUCGGUGAAAGUCAGGGACAGCAAGGACCUGACGGAUGCGGUGGAGGGCGGCAGUGCCGAGGCGAGAAAUGAAGUUUUGAGCGGAUCGAUACCGCCGUGCAGACCGGCUUUGAUGGAAUGCGUCACCAAGGAGGAUAUGACUGUUUCUCCUGCCGAUGUCAUUGGCCAGUCAGUCGAAAAAGUGGAUCUCUCUAAAGAAAAGAUGCCGUUGAAAAAGAUUGCUAAACCUCCCGUAGCCAUCCGCACGAUGAUAGGAGAAAAGCCGGCCUUAAUCGAACCUCCGACCGAUCGAUUUUUGAAAUCAUCCGGUAGGGUUCAACCUUUCUUUCGGUCUACCAUUCAAGAAUCGGCUCCUACGACCGAUCAUUCGAGCAUCCGUCCGUUUGUUCCGCUCCUCAUUCGCCUUCCGACCGAGGACAAGAACUCCAGUGAUCCGGCGGAGCAAAGCUCCAAGGACAGCAGUCCGAUUAGCCCGUCUCAGACUGACCCGAUCUUUGAAGAAUGCGCCAGUGACACUAACCGGAUUAUCGAAUCCAGCACGAUGUCACAGGAUGAAACGGUCUGGAAGAAGCAUCAACCAAAAUCGCGACCGUCUGACCGGUUCUUAUCCUCCAACAGAUUCGUUGCUAAAUCCAUAGAUGAGGAGGUGAAAGCGGCGACUGCAGCACCACCUAUCAGGCAAUCUAAAGUGCUUGAUAUGGUUAAUAAUUUUCAACGUUUGCAAGUGACGUGAGUAACCCGGAAAAGACAAAAAACCUGUCUCCUUUUCUUUUUCAGUUGAUGAUGUAAUCAUCAAUCGUUGAUUUUGACGUUGAUCAUUUCUCUUUUCUCUUUCGUGUAAAGUUAAAAACAAUUUUUUUUUUACAUGUGCUUUUCUCCUCUAUAUCUCCCUCCGUCCCUUCGCCCUACAUCUUACUAAAACCCACCACAUCAUGUCAUUCAUAAUCGCCUCGGUGCUGUUGGUAUCCAGCCCCGGCUAUUUUUCCCCCUUUUUUUUUUUUAUGUUUCAUCAUUCUUUUGUUUUUUUUUUUUUUUUUUUUUUUCUAUUGACGCUUUGGAAUUUUGUGCUGUGUGUUUUUAUCAACAAUUGUUACACAUUAUUUUACGACAUGGGUUUAUUAU